CGUCAAAGGGAAACCAACGACUACGGCUAAAAGUGAAGUGCAAACGAGAGUGAUGGUCGCCAGUGCGUUCCCGGACGACGCAGUGGCUCAGCAGCCUAUGCCCGACCUCGUAGCCUUGGAAAAGAUCGAGGAGGAGGAGCGUAAGGAGCGCGAGGCCCGCGCGGUCAAAGAAGCUGCCAAUGCGGAGCCCGUGGAGGUGACAGGCGAGAAGAUCGCCAAGCUUGACUCUCUCCUAGAGAAGGCAAGUCUCUACUCGAGUUUCCUCUUUUCUAACAUGGAGAGCGCUGCCACUGUCAGCGACGUGGUGAAGGUUGAAGAGGAAGAGGAACAACCCACGAAGGGUAAGCGCAAACGCGGCAAGAAGGCGUCACAGGAGUCCAAUAAAAAGACCAAGAAGGGUGUCGACAAGCUGCGUGAGGUGCAAGGUGAUGCGUCCUUGGAUACGCGUCAGCAGCCUCAAAAGGUGGAGUUCCAUCAGCCAAAGCUCCUAACAGGCGGCAAGUUACGCGACUACCAGUUGGAGGGCAUUCGAUGGCUCUGCAACUUGUUCGAGAACGGUCUGAACGGCAUUCUUGCGGAUGAAAUGGGUCUGGGAAAAACGAUCCAAGUGAUCGGUCUUUUAGCGCAUUUAAAAGCACUCGGCGUGCGAGGUCCGCACCUUAUUGUGGCCCCACUGUCGACGCUGAUGAACUGGGCAACAGAAUUCCGCAAAUGGGCUCCCAGCAUGCCCGUGGUCAUUUACCACGGCACUAAACAGGAGCGAAAGGAGUUGCGUAAGAACGCGCUUAACUGCAAGAGGAAAAGUGACGUCAAUUUUCCAGUCGUCAUUUCAUCGUACGAGGUGAUGAUUUCAGACGCGAGAUCGUUUGCCAGCUCCGGGUUCGUGUGGAAGUACAUGGUCAUUGACGAAGGGCACAGACUAAAGAAUAUGGACUGCAAGCUCGUGCGUGAGCUCAAGCGCGGGCGAUCAGAGAACAGACUGCUGCUUACAGGUACACCACUGCAGAACAACCUGACGGAGUUGUGGUCGCUGCUCAACUUCAUUCUACCGGAUGUAUUCGACGAUCUUGAGCUCUUUGAGAGUUGGUUCUCGUUUACACCUGAUGCUGUUGCUACGGCUGCUGCGGCGGGUGAGUCAGUAGCUGCACAAGAUGUGCUACAAGGGGAGAAAAAGGUCGAAGUUAUUGCCAAGCUGCAUGAAAUCCUUCGACCGUUCCUGCUUCGUCGUCUGAAGGUGGAUGUGGUGAAAGAGAUGGUCUCAAAAACGGAGAUUUUUGUCUACUGUUCCAUGACCCCGAUGCAGCGGGAAUACUAUCAAAUGAUUCGUGAUGGCACGCUGGCAAAGGCUAUGGAAGAGAAGUACGGCAAGUUCCAAGCCCAGAAGGCGUUCAAUACGUCAACGUUGAGGAACAGAAUGAUGCAGAUGCGCAAAUGCUGCCUCCACCCAUACCUAUUCGACGAGCCUUUGACGCCAGGUGGAGAGGUUAUUACGGAUGAGAUGAUCGUGGAAACGUCUGGAAAGUUGAGUAUUCUGGAUCGGAUGCUAAGGCAGCUCAAGCGCAAGGGCCAUAAAGUCCUUAUUUUCAGUCAGAUGACACGGAUGAUGGACAUUCUGGAGGACUACCUCCGCAUGCGCGAGUACAGCUACUGCAGACUUGACGGCAGCACCAAACUGAUGGACCGUGUUGAUCAGAUGGAGAAGUUCAACAAGGUAUCGGCUGGAUCGGGUUCUACUAACCACGACGAUAACAUCUUCGUGUUCAUGCUCUCUACGCGUGCUGGCGGUCUCGGUAUUAAUCUGAUCGCAGCUGACACAGUCAUUUUCUACGACUCGGACUGGAACCCUCAGCAGGACAACCAGGCUAUGGAUCGUUGCCACAGAAUCGGUCAAAAGAACGAGAUCAUCGUGUAUCGUCUUGUGACUGAGAACUCUUUCGAAGACCGCAUGACUCAGCGAGCAUUCGAGAAGCGCAAACUCGAGCGCGUUGUCAUCCAGCGUGGUGGAUUCAAGCAGCGAACGACCCCAGCAGAGAGCGCCAAGCUCACAAAUUCGGAGUUGGAGGAACUCCUGAGAGACGACGUGGAGAUUCGUAAGGGCGUCGAGAGUGGGGGCAUUACAGAUGGCGAGCUGAAUCAAAUUCUGGAUCGCGAAUUGGUUGUCAAGAGCUUUGUAAAAAACACCAAGGAUGAAAACACAAAUGCAUCAGAUGUGAUUCCACUCAAAGGCCAUGGCUAUGAAGUGGUUGACAAUGCACCUGCAGCCAUGGAGAGCUUUGCAUGAGUCUUCUGCGUGCCGAUAUCAAUCAUGUCAAUACAGUUCCAAUUUGUACUUCACUACCGCUGCUGGAUUCUGUAUCGCCCUGUCAAUGCAUGUACUACUUGGUGGUGUUGAGUGCUUUCGUGAGUGCCUCCUGCUCUUGGAGGAACGUCGUAAUGAACGCAGGAGGGGAUCGCAUCGUUGAUAACAGGAGUACGAGGUGUUGAGCUACCUCCAUGUACUGAGGUGGAUGACGUUGGUCGCGAUUUUCCUCGUGGCAAAGUUUACGCAGAAUCUUACCAAUGAGCCUGACACGGAGACACGCAAAAUGUUAGGAGGAGUGAAAGGAAGGCUGAAAAGUGUGCAUCAUCAACUUACGAGGCGUUGAUUUGCUGUGGAGUUCCAGUGAUUGUAACGCGAUGAUGCACCCAUUGCCAUAGUUGCGCACGUGAGAUUUCAGCCGUGGCCGAAUCUUCUACACAUCCAUUCACGACGACAGUGCCUUGUCCGUACAACCAGUGAAGCACGUACAGAAGUGCCACAUGUACGUUCAUCUCCACGGAUUGUAGCGUGACGUCUCCCUUUGGAAGAGUAAGCAGCUUUUCGGUGAACAGUCUUUCGUCAACUGCAACAUAUGAAAAUCCAGCUUUGGUCGUGCGUUCACGCGCUGACGUAAAUACUUCCGCCCCGGGUUUUACAAGUGCCAAGUCAUACACCAGCGCUCCGUCAGAUCCAGCCAAAGCUUCCAUCGUUUUUCCUGUUCGAGUUUUCUCAAUCGCUUCAGCUUGUGAGAAUCCCGGCGGCAACUCCGCAAGAACAAAAGGCACCAUGCCGGUAGUUGCCGGUGCAUGACGUCGCUUGCAUGUGGCUAUCAGCAGAUCCAUAUAGUAUCUGUGUUGAAGGGCAAAUAGUGUUAAAUGUGUUAGCCAAAGCGUCCAGUAAGGGUAUCAAAAGAGAGCACUUGUUCGUACCUGAGAAAGUCAGACUUCAUCGAGACGAACUGCUGACGGUCUGGCAACAAAAACG